UACAGAAACCACUUCUACUAGCACAAGUACUUCAACAACUACAACAUCAACCACUACGACGACGCCGACGACUACAACAACACCAACAACUACGACAACCACAAAACCUCCGACGAAAGAGGAGCUUAUUCUUGGAACUUGUGACACUUCAUUUGAAAGAGACACUACUUUAAUUGAUACUGCUGGAACUCUUAAAGAUCCUGAGAAGUAUGGGUUUUGGGUUCAAUCGUGUGGUCAGCAGUUUCUCUUUGGAAAAUCUUUGGCGACAUGGAGGGACAAUUUCAUAAGAUGCUACAAACUUGGAAUGGAGCCUCUGACUUUUGAAGAUGCAUCAAAACUCGACUGUUUCACAAAAUUAGUUUCCAAAUGGAAAUAUAGCUCCAGUUACUGGACAUCUGGAUUACGAGUGAAUGAAAGCGACUUUUCGUGGUGCACCAAAAACGGGUCGUUUACGGUUGAGAAAGGAAAAAUACCGUGGGCGGCAGGACAGCCUCAAAAUUUCAACAACAGUGAAAAUUGUCUGCACCUCAACGUGUCGAAAGCGAACGCAAAUUACACUUUCUCGGACAGAACUUGCACCGAUCCGCAAAUAUUCGCGUGUCAAGGACGACCAACUCCGGCCCCAACGUGCUCAAGCCCCGUCUGCCCAAAUGUUACAUGUGCAAAAAAUAUGCUUCUAUAUUCCACUUCAGGAAAAUUGCAAUAUUUAACAAAUCCAAGUUUGCACGGAAGUUGGUUCACUUAUAAUGGACGGUCUUAUCUAUUCAGUUUUCCAAAUAAAACCACAACUUAUAUUGGAGCGAUGAAGGCGUGUUGCGAAAUUGGAAUGACUUUGUUGAGUUUAGAGUACGACUACAAAUACAAAUCAGUCAUACAGGCGAUUAAAGAAAAUGCGUCGUCGAGUGACUUUUACUGGACGUCGGGCAGCGAUCAGGGCUGCGAAUCGAAUUACGGUUAUUGCACGGCGAAGAGAACUUUGCGGCAAGAGGCCAUUUGGGCUCCAAAUCAACCGGACAACGCCGACGGAAAUGAAAGUUCCGUCGUUGUUUUUAUCGACUCCGCAAAAGCCCAGCUAUUUGAUUACAACGAGGACUCAAAAAUCAGAUACAUUUGUGAAGCUCGGGACACUUCAAAAUCAAGUUCAGGUGGCACUGCAGUUAGAGACGAGUGUGCUGCAAUUUACAAUGUUAACCAGACUGAAAUAGAUGGAAUUUUGAACCCCAGCAUUAAAAAAGACACAAGGAUAAGGUGCUUUGUUAGAUGUAUUGGCGAAAACUCUGGAUUGAUGGUGAACGGAAAAUUUUUGGAGAAUGAGGUUUUGGCCGCUUUGGAGAAAAUAUCUGCAGGAAAUGUGGACGAACUGCAAAAGUCGAUGGGAAUAAUGGACGAGUGCGGCAAUUCGACAUCUGGAAUGGACGAGUGCGACAAAGCGGCGCAAAUGAUAAAAUGCAGCAGCGAGAAAGCGCCUGAGGUUCUUAACGGAUUAAUUAUGUCCAUGGACCAAUCAAUGCCUAUUGAAACUGCUCCACUACCGCCUCAAGCAUUAUGUUACGAUCCAAAAGCCUGCGUCGUGAAUGCAACCUCUGCUGAUUCAGUGGCCAACUGUACGGGAAAUUGCACGAUUCCCACCGGCCACGUGCGAAGUAUUUGUGGCAAGAAGUACUUUAAUUAUCAAAAUGCUGUAAAUUUUCAACAAGCGUUUAACGUCUGCUGCUCGUACGGAAUGAAACUCGCGUCUAUCGAAACUGUGGACGAUAUUCAAUGCCUGGCCGGGAUUAGCACGCCGUACAGCGGCGGUUGGUGUUGGGUCGCUUUGAGCAGAAUCAACAGCACCAACCCUCGGUGGUGCACAUCAAACGCCUCAGUUUCUUUUUCAGGAUACGCUAGCGUGAAUAAUAGUCCCGAUGCUCAGUACGAUUCCUACGUGUUAAUCCCGGACGCGAAACAAAUUUCUAUAACUCGUGAAAUUUUGGGUUAUCGCCCAAUAUGUGUUGCGCCGUGAUUAAUUUGC